AUGAAAACAUGAAAAGACUCGUUUUAGCGUCCACGUGCGUGACAGUUUUGUGGUUAUGUUCUCUAGUGUGUAGUAUAGUGCGUAAAUAAAAUUUACAAUACCGUUGUAAAUGACUGUAAAAAAUCAAAUGAAUCAUGUCCAGUUGUAAAAUACAUAACGUCAGAUUUUAUAACCUCGAACCUCGUUCUGUUACUUGUUUAUCUUAUGAAUCUAAAACUAAAAAGUUAGCGCUUGCAAGAAAUGAUAAUUCAAUAGAAGUUUGGAAUGUCGGGAAUGCACCUUUCGUGGAAUGUACCAUAGGUGGUCAUGCAGAAAAUUCAAUAGAGAGCAUCCUCUGGAUUGGACCAAGGUUGUUUUCGACCGGUCUGCAUGGAAUGAUAACAGAAUACAAUUUAUCAACGCUGUCUGUUAAGAAUGAAGUUGCGGUCACUGGAGGUGCAGCCUGGUGUAUGGAUGUUAAUCAUCAACAGACCUGCUUAGCUGUUGGUACAGAGGAUGGAUACAUCAACACUUUCACUGUUAACCCAGAUGUAUUAAUGUACGAAAGAAUUUUUGAUAAACAGAAAGGCAGGAUUCUUUGUAUUAAAUGGGAUAACACAGGAGAAAUGAUUUACUCAGGAUCUGUAGACACAAUUAGAGUUUGGAAUGCCAUAUCGGGUCAUGCCAUCCAUAAGAUGACAACUGGUAGGAAAGAAGCUAAGAAAGAAACAAUUAUUUGGUGUCUAGAAGUUACGGACGAUAAUGUUAUCAUUUCUGGAGAUUCUCGUGGAUGUUUAUCAUUCUGGGAUCCUCACAUGGGCACACUGAUCGAAUCCCAUGAAAGCCAUACAGCUGACAUACUGGCUGUUACUUUGUCUCAUGAUGGGAACACUGUAUACUGUGCCGGUGUUGAUCCUGUAGUAAGAAGUUUCUCUAAAAUAAGUAUGAAGUCUACUGGCAGAGCACAAUGGGUGAAAGGAAUUGAAAGGAGGUUGCAUGCUCACGAUGUGAGGGCUUUAGUAGAGGCAGAUGGAAAGCUAUACUCGGCCGGUGUGGAUGGAUAUCUUGCGCAAUCGAGUUAUCCACCGAAAGUACUUGUCAAGUACCCACCGUUACUUCAGCCGCCUUGCGCUACUGUUUGUAGAAAGUCUAGAUGUAUUUUAUUGCGAUAUACAAAUUUCCUCGAACUGUGGAGACUCGGGUCAUCCACGAAGGUACCUCCAGAGUCUGUACGUCCCGGCAUGUUCCACCAGUUAGAAGAAGAACCUCUAAAAUUAUUACAAUUAAAAACCAAAAGGGACGAAAGCAUCAUUUCCUGCGCCAUCAACAAAGACUCUAAAACCAUCGUCUACUCGACCGACAAUCAUGUCCGGGUUUUCAACUUUGACGUCGUCGAAGGAGACGCGCAGUUAUCGAAGAACGAUACCGACGUUUCUGUAAACAGAAUACAGAAAAUGUUAUUCAGUCCUAACGGAAAACUAUUCCUAACUAUUAAUAAUAACGGGAAGAAGAACGUGGUGACACUGUACAAAGUGGAGAAGAAACGUUUAAGGCAUCUCGGUUCUUUCCAUACGAAUAAAGAAUCAAUUGUAGAUGUUGGACUAGUUUGUAUCUCUCCAGACAGUAAAUACUUUGUGUGUGCCGAUCGGCAAGGUAGCAUCGCUGUAUAUAAUUUUAGUGAGACUGCGUCCAUCGAUGCACCGAUGGCAUGGUUGUUACCCAAGUACAGUUGUCCGCCAACAGCUAUGGCUAUACAGAAAAACACUUUGAACUUAGUUAUCGUAUACUCAGAUCACAAGAUCGUCGAGUAUAACAUUUUACAAAGGCAGUUCACGAAGUUCUCCAACAGUUUGCAAAGUCGACUUCCAAAGCAGUGGCUGGCGCGACCGUUCCCCAUCACGAAUAUAAUUUUCGAUCCUCGCAACGAGAACAUCAUAAUAAUGCACGAUGACUCGACGGUGUACGUGAUCGAUAAACUGAACGAGCUCUCUGAGAACAAUGCAAAAAUACCGAAACGCGAAAACGGCGAUAUAACGGAGGACGGUACAUCCAUCAUAGGCUCGCACUCCCAGCAAGCCUUCCAAGUCCUUAAAAAAUACAAGCAUUUAGUAUAUUUAGACUGGUUAAACGACGAAGAACUAGUGGCUGUCGAAGUGAAUCCGAUAUCCUUGACGGAAAAGUUACCACCCACCCUCAAACAGAAGUGGUUUGGAAUGUAAAUAUUCAGAGAAUGAAUGAAAUCCCGCGUUUCGGGGGAUUGAGUAUUCUGUACAAAGUUGUUCAUCGGUAUGUUUUAUACAUACACUCCACGCUGAUUUUGAAUCAUGUAUUUUCACGGUAUUGUUUAUAAUUAUACAAGAACAAUGAUGACUUAUUUUUAAAUACAUUUGUUACAAUGUACGAUACCCUAUGUACAAACAAUAUAUAUCCCAUACUUUAUUUUA